GUCCCAGCGACUUGCCGUUGCGCCAACGGAGCCAUUGACGGUCCGCUGCAAUGGCGGCGGGGGCGCCCGAUCCCCAGUCGCGAUUUGGCCAGUCAGUGAAAGGGCUGCUCACCGAAAAGGUGAAUGCCUGCGGUACGGACGUGAUCGCCCUCACCAAGCAGGUGCUGAAGGGUUCACGGAGCUCUGAGCUGCUGGGUCAGGCAGCUCGAAACAUGGUGUUGCAGGAAGAUGCCAUCUUGCACUCAGAAGACAGUUUAAGGAAAAUGGCAAUUAUAACAACUCAUCUUCAAUAUCAGCAAGAAGCUAUUCAGAAGAAUGUUGAGCUGUCUUCAAAUCUACAGGACCAGCUGAAGCAUUUGCUGAAAUGAAAUGGCAUCUUAAAGGCCCAAAAAGCACAUUUCUCAAAACUGAGAGGGAAAUAGAGCUCACAUCCCCAUCCUCUGUUCCAGCAGUUCAGUUAGAAGAGAAUUGUGAUGGCCUUCAGCUUCUACCAGAGUAUGGGGUUUUCUCUCUCUAUGUAAAGACAUAAUUUAAGGCAACACAGAUUACGGGGAUCAACUCAGAAGUAUCAUUUGAUUCUACGCAGACAAACCUGUUCCCUCUCACCCAAUUCUUCAUUUACUGUGUUUUAGUUUUAAUUAAAGCAGAAUUAAGAGACA